AUGAUUUACCUACUCGCCAUACCCGUCCUCGCGGUCUGCGUGUACCGAUAUAUCAUCUACCCCAUAUACUUCUCGCCGCUGGCCCGGAUCCCCAAAGCGCACUUCACUUCUCCGUUUCUUCCCACAUGGCUAUGGUGGAUACGCAACUACCGAUGCCGUGAAGUAUCGACCAUCUAUGCCUUGCACAAGAAGCUGGGGCCGAUCGUCCAGCUGGCCCCGAACGAAGUCAGCGUCAACUCAGCCAACGGGCUCAAGACCAUAUAUCUCGGCGGGUUCCCCAAGGACAACUAUUAUGAAGACUUGUUCAUGAACUAUGAGCGAUAUCCCAACUUGGCCAGCAUGCUAUCCUUCAAGGCUCACUCAGAGCAGAAGAGGAUGGUGUCUCGAGUCUAUUCAAAGUCUUUCAUCCUAGCCUCGGAGGAUCUGAGAGUCGCCUCUGAAAAGCUGAUCUGGGAGAGAUAUCUGCCCAUGUUUGAAAGAAUUGCACUGCCAUCGUCGUUCCCGUCUGAUCGUGAGGAGGAAAGACUGAAACUGGGCCCUGAAAAGACGCUGAACGUCUUCCCUCCUUUCCAGGCUGUGGGUAUGGAUUUUAUGACAGCAUAUCUCUUCGGAAUUGAUGCUAGUACAGACUUCCUCCGUGACACUGAGUAUCGAGACCACUGGCUGAAGCUAUAUUCCGUGUUCAAGACACAGCUCCCAAAGCAACGAGCAUUUGGAGAGGUUGAGAACCUCUGCCUUAAGAUGUGUGAUCAAGUUGCGAGCCAAUUGUCGUGCAAGGAGAAGGGGGCGGCCGAGCUCAAGACCGGUUCAACCAAGCCAGUGGUAUACGGUCAACUCUUCAACGGCAUAUUUUCUCAGAUCAACCCAGACAGUGAUGCUGAAAAGGCUGAUGCCAGGUUCCGAGUUGCCUCCGAAAUGAUGGACCAUAUAGUUGCCGGCCACGAAACAACCGGGAUAACACUAACUUAUAUCGUCUAUGAAUUGUCGCAGAACCCUGAACUACAAGCAAAGCUACGAGAAGAACUGCUCACCUUGUCUCCUCCGAUAUUCUAUAAACAAGACAGCACCUUGGAAUCUUCCAAUGCCGAAAAGGAAAAGGGCAGCAGACUCCCUUCAUUCCAUGCGCUGGAUGAACUCCCCUUGCUUAAUGGCAUCGUGCAUGAAACUCUUCGAGUAUAUCCUGCUGCACCGCUCCCAUUACCUCGGGUUGUUCCCGCUGGCAAACCAGUAGAACUGGAAGGCUACCAGAUACCCGCUGGCACCCGAGUAAUGUCCUCCGCAUACACACUGCACCGAAACCCAGAGGUAUUCCCUGAGCCUGAGAGCUGGAAGCCCCAUAGAUGGAUUGAAGCGGAUAAAACGCACCUUGAAAAGAUGCGACGACUCUUCUGGGCCUUUGGAAGCGGCGGAAGGAUGUGUCUGGGAAGCAACUUUGCUCUUCAGGAUAUCAAACUCGCCAUUGCCGCACUUUACACGAACUAUACUACCUUUGUCGUUGGAAACGAUAGCAUGGAACAAACUGAAACAUUCAUAGCACAGCCAGUCUCGGGGAAGCUGAUCAUUGGAGUCAAGCAUGUUUAA